AUGGCUUUUAAAUCAUUCAAGUAUAACAUAUAUUCCAAAGGUUACCAUCGUUCUGCCGCUCAAAAGAAAAACGCAACUUCUUUUUUCGAUAGUUCCUACCAGUAUCUAAGACAAAACCAAGGUUUGGUAAACUCGGAUCCGGUACUACAUGCAUCUCAUCUACAUCCUCAUCCGGUCGUAGUAGCGAAUGUUAACUAUAAUAACGUUGAUGACGUUUUGCACUUGCACGACCUGGAUUCCCCAUUAAACAUCAGCACCAACCCUCUAACGCACGAUGAACUGCUUUACAACCAAAACGUUUCUCUUCGGUCAUUGAAGCAACAGCAAAACAACAACAAUGCUAAUAAUAGCAGCACUCAACAUAGAUACUAUUCUACUGGCCCAACUGUUCCAGCCAACCAGUACGAUUCUUUGAACUUUAGUUCUAGGAAUUUCCAAGAUUUACAAUCAAAACAACAACCUCCACCAGUACAAAAGCAACAGCAACAAGAGUAUAAUCUUCUGGAAGACGAAAACACAUUUGUAUGGAAAGAAGACACUGAACCGUGUCUGAACACUUCCACAUAUUUACAAACUCACAUUGAUGAAAUUAAUCGUUGUUAUGAACAGAAUAAUUACAACAAAAUCAACUCACUGUAUCAGUCGCUCAAAAGAAAUGGUAUAGUUCCACCCUUGGAAAUCUUUACAAAAGUUUUAGACUCUCUUUGUAAAAGGCCAUUGGAUAAUAACGAUUUAGAUAAUAAGAUGUACGAAUUAUUAACGUGUUACCAAGAUAUGAUCAAUAACAGAAUGAAACCUCCUGAUGAAAUUUACAACAUCGUUCUUUUAUCGCUUUUCAAAGGCUCAAUUUUGGCCUAUCAAUUCAAAAAUCCAAACGGUAGUGAUUUCUAUAAAAUUGCCAUAGAACUAUUCAACACAACUACCAAUGAUCCUAAACAGAAGAGCGAAGUCAAGUUCCGUAACUUCUCCAAGGACGUCUUGGAUUAUAACCUCUUAGCGAUGAACAUUUACCCAGGCCAUAUCACCUUAUCAAAAGCUCAACAGAUUAUCAAAUCUUCUCCAGCUUUCAUCAAGGAUUCAUUUUAUUUUAUUGCAUGCUUUUCAUACGCCAAAUCAACAAAUGAUAAAUUGGCCAUUAAGGAACUUUAUGAAGAUUUUAGACUAUCUAUAUCCUCUUCUGCCUCAAACCAAACUUUAUUUGAUAACCAGUUUGAAAUCUAUAGCGUGAUUCUUUCUAGUUUCAUUGAGACUGGCGAGGUUGAGUUGGCUACCAAUCUUUUGGACGAUUUGGUUUCGAAGAUUCAGAAUUCAAAUGGUCUAGCCUCCAACAUUUCUUUGUUGCUAUCGAAUUUUUUAAUCUCAAUGAGUAAGAUUGAUUCUUCCAAAGCCUAUGAAAUUUGGUUUAAAUUCCACAAACUAGACUGGAUACCUGAAUUUUCUUAUGAAUUUUAUUUGAUUUUCAUGGCAAAUAGUUUCCAGGAUUGGAAUCUGACCAAGAAAAUUUAUGAUUAUAUUUUCCCCAUGAAAAGAAGUUUAUCUCCAUUGAAAAAGCAAAAAUUAUCGGAUUAUCUGCUAUAUCCAAUGGGUGCCGAAUCCAUUAUAACGUCUUUACUAGAUUACUCUCUCCAGUUGAAAGACAACGAGAUUAUCAUGAAGAUUUUGGAAGAGUCCGUUAUCAAAAACUUUUCCUUUGAUAUUGGUAUUUAUCCAUUCAUUUUCAAUUAUUUAAGAGAAAUUAAAUGUGGCGACGAGUAUCUCAUGAGAUUUAUCGACUCACACGCUGAAUUUUUCGAAAAGAGUGAUUCUGUCAGCAAAUUCCAAUUUUUGAAUUCGAUAGUUGAUAAUUUCCAAUCACAAUCAUUAUUGAACAGUAUAUCCCACGCAAAGUUUUUCAUGAAUUUAGUGAAGGAUUUCAAUCUGGAAAAUUGUGAAAUUGUCAACUAUAAUGGGAUGAUAACAUGUAUUCAUAACUUUGUUAAAGCGCCAAAGACAAUAAAAGACUUUCCAUACAUUCUAGAAAUUCAUGCCGUUUUGAUUACGAAAUUGUUUGACUUUGACACUUACCCAAUACUACAAAACAAUAGCGAUGAAACUCUAUUAAACUUUAGAGACCAGAUUGAACAUCAGUUUCGAAUUUUGACUCAAAACUUUUAUAGAUUGAAUUUGGACCCAAACUUACUAGCUGGUGUUGUUUCCCAGGCCUUAAAAAUGAUUAAUCUCGACGAAGUUACUAAUGGCCAAGACUUGUUGAGAUUCUUUAAUCAUCCUGGGGAUUGGGACAAAUCUUAUCCAUUGUCCUUGGGUUCCUUCAUUAGAAAUUCUUGUAAGGCUGGUAUAAGAGAGUUCACUAAACUAAGCAAGGAAGGAUAUUGCUUUGAUUAUGAUACAUACAAAGCGUUGAUAGUCAAUAGAGCUAUUAACAGACAGAUUAUUGACAGAUGCAUAGAAAUAUGCCCUGAUACAACCGAAUUGAAAACUCUUGUUAAUUUGAUAAUUUCCAAGAUUCCUGGUAGAGAAUUGACCCAAUUGGUGAUCAAUAGCUCGAAGUUUAACGAUGUUUUUGUGCCAAAUUUGAGAAACGAUUCCAUGAUAAAAUUGAUCAAAAAUUGCGAAUCUUUAUCAAAUUUCAUUAGAGUUUGUGAUUUCCCAGAAAAAUUCAAAAGUAUCGCCAUUCAAGCUGAAAACAAAAAUGCUAUUGAACUGAUUUACGAAAAAUUGUUUGACAGUGGAAACUAUGCUGAUAUUUUGAGGUAUAACAAUGUUGUACCUGUUCUUAAUUUAGAACUUUUACUAAAAUCAUGCAUUAGAUAUGGUGAAUUUAAGAAAUUUGAAAGCCUUUUCAAAAAAUUUAACGAUAAAAUUAACGAAUCAUCCAAGAUUGAUAUUCAGUUAGAGUAUCUGAUCAAUAAGAAUGACUUGAAAGGAGCAUUGGAACUAUUUGCAAAAACUCCAAAGGAUUUAAGAACUCCUCACAAGACCAUGGACCUAUAUACUUUUGCAUUAUUUUUGGACAGUUUCAAUAGAGACAUCACGUAUUAUGAAACUCCAGAGAAUACAUUACAGUUCGCCAAUAUUUUAUCCAGCCAAGCAAGCUAUAUAAAUUUGCUGUCCACUUACAAUCUAAUUGCCCAUUCAGAUCAACUGAUGAGCUUUAACACAGGUGGAAUGGCCAGUAAGGUAAAGAAGGAAAUCUUAACUCAAAUGCUGAAUAAUCUGUAUGAUUCCGUGAGAUUAUUGUCUUCUAGCAUAGAAACCGACGAAUCCAUGAAACAAACAUUGAGAGAAAAAGUACAGAAUUACUGCAGAUUUAAAGCUUAUUUGAAAUCGCCUGAGUUGGAUAUAGAUGAACUAAAAACCUUGAUCUCUGUCGAGUCUUUUUUGAACCCUUUCACUCCUUCGAUCCUGUUUAAUAACUUGGUUGAAACUGCUUAUUUGAACGAGCACGCUCCUUCGCUAGUUCUUCAAAAUGGGUUGAUUUAUUCAUUCCAGAAAGAUAGUCUCAUAAAAGUUUUGGACUAUUUAGAAGAACAGUUCGCAUCCAAUGGAGAUAACUCGAGUAUUGAAAAGGUCAGAGAGUUCAAAUUCGUUUUAAGUAAGAGCAAAUCUCUCCAACUAUGA